AUGCAAGGCUGUGCGCACGGCAGGAUUUGGGCUAACAUGUCAUACCAGACCUAUAUCGGACAUGUGUUGGUGUCCGUCAAUCCAUUCCAAGACCGUAAGUCGACACCGAACGAUGUUUGUAGUGCGAUAAGAUGGCUGACCCCAUAUGCGACGUCUCUAGUUGGCAUCUAUACCGACAAGGUGCUCGAUUCUUACCGCGGCAAGAACCGUCUCGAAGUCCCUCCCCACGUAUUCGGAGUCGCCGAGUCGGCAUAUUACAACAUGAAAUCCUACAAGGACAACCAGUGUGUCAUUAUCUCUGGCGAGUCCGGUGCCGGUAAGACGGAGGCUGCGAAGCGCAUUAUGCAAUAUAUUGCCAGUGUCUCCGGUGGCACCGAUUCAUCCAUCCAGCAGACCAAGGACAUGGUACUAGCCACAAACCCUCUCCUGGAAUCCUUUGGUAAUGCGAAAACACUGCGCAACAACAACUCUUCGCGAUUCGGAAAAUACCUCGAGCUCGAGUUCAACGCCAACGGCGAACCCGUCGGUGCCAACAUUACAAACUACCUGUUGGAGAAGUCGCGAGUCGUGGGUCAGAUUACGAAUGAGCGAAACUUCCAUAUCUUCUAUCAGUUCACCAAGGGCGCCCCGCAAAAGUAUCGGGAUAGCUUCGGUGUUCAACAGCCGCAGUCCUACCUCUACACCAGCCGCUCGAAGUGUUACGAUGUGCCCGGAGUCGAUGACGUGGCGGACUUCAAGGAGACAUUGGAUGCGAUGAGCGUGAUUGGUAUGUCUGAGCCGGAGCAGGAUAACGUCUUCCGCAUGUUGGCGGCCAUUCUCUGGAUUGGCAACAUUCAGUUUGCAGAGGACGACUCAGGCAAUGCGGCGAUCACAGAUCAGUCGACUGUCGACUUUGUUGCGUACCUGCUGGAAGUCGAUGCGGCUCAGGUGAACAAGGCGUUGACGAUCCGUCUGAUGGAGACUGCCCGCGGAGGCCGCAGAGGCUCCGUUUACGAGGUGCCGCUAAACAAGGUCCAAGCCUCGGCGGUGCGGGAUGCCCUUUCCAAGGCCAUCUACUUCAACCUCUUCGACUGGAUCGUAGAGCGUGUGAACCAGUCCCUGACUGCCCGGAGUGCGAUCAGUAACUCGAUCGGUAUUCUGGACAUUUAUGGAUUCGAGAUUUUUGAAAAGAACUCGUUCGAGCAGCUGUGCAUCAACUACGUGAAUGAGAAGCUACAGCAGAUCUUCAUUCAGUUGACUCUGAAGGCAGAACAGGACGAAUAUGCCCGCGAGCAGAUCAAAUGGACCCCGAUCAAGUAUUUCGACAACAAGGUUGUGUGCUCCUUGAUCGAAGACAAGCGACCUCCUGGUGUGUUUGCUGCCCUGAACGAUGCUUGCGCGACCGCGCACGCCGACUCCGGUGCCGCUGACAACACCUUCGUUGGACGUUUGAACUUCCUCGCCCAGAACCCCAACUUCGAGGGCCGCCAAGGCCAGUUUAUCGUCAAGCACUACGCUGGUGACGUGAGCUACGCGGUCGAGGGUAUGACCGAUAAAAACAAGGAUCAACUGUUGAAGGACUUGCUGAACCUGGCUGGGUCCAGCAGCAACCAGUUUGUCCACACACUCUUCCCCAACCAGGUCAACCAGGAUGACAAGCGUCGCCCGCCUACGGCCAGUGAUAAGAUUAAGGCCUCUGCAAACGACCUUGUCGCCACGCUGAUGAAGGCCCAACCUUCAUACAUCCGUACCAUCAAGCCUAACGACAACAAGGCUCCUAAGGAGUACAAUGUUGGCAACGUGCUUCACCAGAUCAAGUAUCUUGGUCUGCAGGAGAAUGUGCGUAUCCGCCGUGCUGGUUUCGCAUACCGUCAGACGUUCGAUAAGUUCGUGGAACGAUUCUAUCUUCUGUCACCGCAGACAUCGUAUGCUGGUGACUACACUUGGACUGGGGACGUAGAGUCCGGUGCGAAGCAAAUCCUGAAAGAUACUCGAAUUCCGGCAGAGGAAUACCAAAUGGGUAUCAGCAAGGUCUUCGUCAAGACUCCUGAAACCCUCUUCGCCCUCGAGGCUAUGCGUGACCGCUACUGGCACAACAUGGCUAUCCGUAUCCAGCGUGCCUGGCGCAACUACCUCCGGUAUCGCAUUGAAUGUGCCAUCCGUAUCCAGCGAUUCUGGCGCCGUAUGACUGGAGGUCUUGAGUUGAUCAAGGUGCGUGACCAGGGACACCAGGUCCUGCAAGGUCGUAAGGAACGCCGGAGAAUGAGUUUGCUAGGCUCUCGUCGCUUCCUCGGUGACUACCUCGGCGUUGGUAACAAGGGCGGUCCUGGUGAGAUGAUCCGCAAUGGCGCGAACAUCAGCAACUCCGAGGACGUUCUCUUUUCGUGCCGUGCCGAGGUAUUGGUGUCCAAAUUUGGUCGUUCCAGCAAGCCUGCUCCUCGCAUCUUAGUUCUGACCAGCCGCCAUGUGUACAUUGUGGCCCAGAACAUUGCCAAUAACCAACUUGUGAUUGCAUCCGAACGCACCGUUCCGAUCGGGGCCAUCAAGACUGUCAGCACUUCCAACCUGAAGGACGACUGGUUCUCACUCGUCAUUGGUGCUCAAGAGCCCGAUCCCCUUCUCAACUGUGUCUUCAAGACCGAAUUCUUCACCCACCUCUCCAAUGCUCUUCGUGGCUCUCUGAACGUGAAGAUCGGAGAAAGCAUUGAGUACAACAAGAAGCCUGGCAAGCUGGCUACCGUCAAGGCAGUCAAGGACCCGCAGGCUGGAGCCGUCGACAGCUACAAGAGUAGCACGAUCCAUACCAGUGCCGGUGAGCCUCCCAGCUCUGUGUCCAAGCCUACCCCACGACCGAAGCCGGUCACUGCUAGACCGGUCACCAAGGGCAAGCUGCUGCGUCCUGGUGGUCCUGGUGGUGGCGCUGGCAAGCUUUCGAGCGCUGCCCGCAAAGCUCCACCCCCUGCCCAGCCCCUGCCAGUCUCUCAUCAAACCACCGCUGUGUCGCAACCAGCUGCUCAGUCUCGCGUGGUUCCUGUUCCUCAACCUGCUGCGGUUGCUGCUGCGGCUGCCUCCCAUACCCGCACCGAUUCUACAGGCUCCGUGAAAGCCCCUCCACCCCCUCCUCCUUCUGCACCUCCUGCCUCGAAGAAGCCUACUGCCAAGGUCUUGUAUGACUUUAGCAGUGAUCGGUCGAACGAGCUGUCCAUUCGCGCUGGAGAGAUCGUGCAGAUCGUCUCUAAGGAAGGAAAUGGAUGGUGGCUGUGUAUGAAUACGACGACUUCCGUUCAGGGCUGGACUCCUGAAGCCUAUCUGGAGGAGCAAGCGGCUCCCACCCCAAAGCCCGCUCCUCCUCCUCCUCCUCCUCCUGCGGCCCCGCGAGCCACUCCCAGCCCUGUCCCGAAUGGCGUCGGAGCCGCAGCCGCCGCAAAGACCAAGCCAGCACCCCCGGCACCCCCGGCCAAGCGGCCGAACAUGGCUGGUCGCAAGCCCGCGCCACCUCCUGCUCCUCGCGAUAGUGCCGUCAGCAUGAACUCGGGCGACUCAUCCGGUGCGAGCGGUCGCGGCACGCCGAACAGCGCUUCGAACGCAAGUCUUGCAGGCGGUCUUGCCGAGGCUUUGAGGGCACGCCAGAGUGCGAUGCAAGGAAAGCACGACGAUGAUGAUGAGUGGUAG